AUGCCUCAUGCCUGCUUCUCGCCAUCGUCCGCGGCAGCUUCCCCUGCGAUAAGACGAGAUCGUCCACAACGGCUGUCGAAGCUCCUCAAUCAGCCCUCCAUCUCAUCCCUGCAGGCAAUAACCAUGAGACGAGCUUGCUUAAGCAAGGGAGGGCUGCCCAUCGCUUUCCAGCCAAUGAUCCCGCUCGCCCCCGAUGUCAGUGGCGCCCCAUUGAGGCAGAAUGUUCUGCUGCUUUCUCCCGCCGCCCUCCUAUCAUGCUCUGUGCUUGUCCGAGGAAGAAAGGUUGCACGAGGGGAAGGAGAGCGGAGACGGUUUAGGGUUUUCAACAAAGCCGAGCUGUGA